AUGUCUGCAAUCCAAACCCAAAUCCAGAACGGUGCUGUCCCCAACGCCGUCUCCAAUGUCUGCCCUCCAGGCACAAAAUUCCAUGUCCUGGAGGUUGGCUGGCUCGAAUGCGAUGAAGCCUUCGUGACUCGCGGGGGCAACACUUCUACAAAGUCGACGGAGGGCAAGUCCUUCGUCAACAAGCGGCGCCAGUUGCCCAUGUACUGUAUCCUGAUUGAGCACCCGCACGAGGGCCUGAUCCUGUGGGAAACAGGGUGUGGCAAGGACUACCCUGAAGUCUGGGGCCCCGCCGUGUCGGAUAUUUUUGCACGCGUGCGCUACGAGCCGCAGCAUGAAUUGCGCGCUGCAAUUGAGGCGACUGGUAACAAGGUUGAGGACGUGAAGAAGAUUAUCAUUGGGCAUUUGCAUCUCGACCAUGCGGGCGGUUUGGACGAGUUCAUGGAGAACAAGGAGGUCGAGGUCUGGGUUCAUGAACGCGAGCUCAAUGCGGCGUUUUGGUCUGUGGCGACGGGCGCUGAUGCAGGGGUUUAUUUGGCACAUUAUCUGAACCUGUCGCUGAAUUGGAAAACCUUCAACGACCAAACGAUGGACUUCUGCCAGGGAAUCACCCUGCACCAUCUACCAGGCCACACGGACGGGCUGAUUGGGAUGCAGAUCAACAUGCCUGAGUCAGGGACGUUUUUCUUCAUCAGUGACCACUGCCACGUUCUAGAGAAUUGGAUUGACGGCAUCCCUCAGGGAUGGCUGGCUCGAGACCAUCCUGCCUGGUUCCGGAGCACGCAGCGGCUGAAGCAGCUGCAGCGGAUCACGAAGGGGCAGGUUAUCCCCGGGCAUGAUGAGACGACGUUUUUGGAGCUGAAAAAGCAGGCGAAAGUGUUCACUUAG